CCGCGCAACGCGGUUUCUGCCUUUGAUAGCUCGCGUUUCAGACAAAAACUCUCAGCUGUUUUUGGCUCAUUAACUGUUUCUUGGUUGCAACUUCAAUGGCAUUUUGUUAGUUUGUGGUCUUUGUAGGCAUAGGCUAUGGUCCGUCACAAGAAAAACGAAGAAGAGUAUGCAGAUGAGAAGAGAACAAUAGCUAUUGGUGAUGUACAUAAAAAGUUAGUGCACGUGAAAAGCCGUCAGGAUCGAGUUAACGAGGCACUCGAAGCGUUGCAAUGUUACACGGAUAAGGGAGGCACGCUGUCCUUGAAGAAUAAAGCCAAAUCCCUUGCUCUUUAUCAAACACUAUUGAAAGCUUGUGAGAGUGAGGGAGAGUAUAUCAGGAGGCUGCUGUGCGAUAUUGAGAGGAUAAGAAAGUCGGACUACAAAACGAAAAUGAAGACUCACCUCAAGCGCCAUGUUCUGAUGCAACUCAUCAAUCUGCAGGGAACUACGCUGCCCCUUUGGGUAGGUGGUGUUGAUGGCUUUCCGCCACCGUUUGUUGGUGCCAUAGCGAUUCCCGAGACACUUCCUCUCAAAUCCGGUGACUCCGUGGCAGCGUAUGUAGAUGAGAACUGGAUUCUGGCAGAGAUAUUGACCGUAAGCCCUACAGGACGAUACGACGUGAAGGACGUGGAUGAUGAACAGAAGGUUCGUCUAACAAUGGCGCGGCGUCGUCUCAUUCCUUUGCCAAAGUGGAGAGCUGAUCCUGAAAGAGAUGCUCAUGCUCUGUUUCCACUGGAAGCUAUUGUGCUGGCACUUUAUCCUCAGACUACUUGUUUCUAUAAAGGUGUUGUGCAGCGGGUUCCACAGGUCGCCACUGACGACUAUCUGGUAACAUUCGAAGAUCCCUCCUACAGUACAGGUUACUCCCCAGCACUACCCAUACCGCAAAGAUACGUAGUACCUUACAAGGAAAUAAAAGGAAAAAACAAAGGCCGAACCGUUGCCUCUGUAUGAUUUAUACUUCUAUUCAUUACUAAUAAUGUAUAUGGUAUAUAUGUAGUGUAAUGUUGUAUGUACAAAGAUGUUAUAAUGUCGUGCAUAGUGCAAUCUCCUUGAAAUAAAUUAUUUGUCUA